AUGGCAAGAAACACCCACUUCGGUGGGAAUUACCAGGGACUCCAAGUCGAACAUAAUGAAGGUUCAAUUACAUUCAACCAGUCCCAAACUGUGGAGGAAAUCGAUCGAUUGUGUCUGCGAGAACUGCGCUGCCCAGACUCACGGCUUGUGAAAAACAGAUUGAAAGAAAGCAAGGACAAAUUGCUUCCUGAAUCGUUUGAAUGGAUCCUCCGCGACCCAAAGUACGAGAGUUGGCGAGAUGGAGAGGAAGUCUGCCUACUCUGGAUAAAGGGCGGUGCUGGUAAGGGUAAGACGAUGAUAUCCAUCGGCCUUAUUGAAGAGCUUUUGCGAUUCUGCCGCGACAAGUCCAGUGCGAUUACAUACUUCUUCUGUCAGAAUGCGGAUAACGAGCUUAACACCCUCCAAGGCAUGAUGAAAGGCUUGAUUUUGCAGUUACUCCACCAACAACCGGCCCUUAAGGAAUGCCUGCGAGCCAGAUGGGACGCUGAAAAAGGUUCAUUCGAUGAAGACCUUACUCCAUGGAGAGCUUUGUGGCAUAUUCUUCUUGAGAUGAUAGACCAGUGUGACUGUUCGAAGAUAUACCUGCUUUUGGAUGCUCUAGAUGAGUGCCAAGAUGGUGAUAUGGACGAAUUCCUGAAGGCACUUGUACGAAAUGGGCUGCACGCUCCUGUCAGAGUAAAAUGGCUCUUGACAAGCAGGCCGCUGGACAAGGCAGAGAGGGCCCUUCUAGCAGGACAUGACCAAGUGCAACUGAGCCUUGAGUUAGAAUCGGACCGUCUGCUCGGCGCGGUAAAAAUGUAUGUCACCCACAAAGUGAAUGAGCUCGGCCGUCACCAGGGGUAUGAAUGGCCCCUGAAGCAGAAAAUCGAGUCCGAGUUACUUGAAAGAUCUGAAGGGACUUUUCUAUGGGUGAGCUUGGUGUGCAAGAAGCUUGAGUCUGUCUGUCCAGAAGAGGCUCUUGUUGCGAUUCAGAACAUACCACAUGGCCUACACCCUCUGUAUGGGCAGGUCCUCGAGCAAUUAAAUUGCGGCCGGGGAAAAGAGGUAAAAAUGUGCAUGCGACUACUCAAAGCGAUGAUGUUAGCAUAUCGACCGUUGAAAAUGGGAGAGUUUGCGACCAUUGCCGGUUUAGAAUAUGACGAAGACGUGAGUCUUAUGACAUUAAUUAUUCGGUGCGCUUCGUUUCUCAGGCUCCAAGGACAGAGUGUUGAGUUUGUUCAUCAAUCUGCCAGAGACUAUUUAGCUGGAAAGGAUGCACAGCUUCUUCUUGGCUCGCAUGAAAUGUUUGAAGACAUUGAUGUUGUUCUCAACUGUCUAUCCUGCUUAUCUCGGUUUCUGAAGACCAAUCUUCUUAACCUACCACCCAAUGCAGGCCAUUGGUCAGUUCAAGUGCUGAGAGAAGAUAAUUGGAGCAUCGUACUGGAUAAUUUGGGGUAUGCCGCUACCUUCUGGGGACAACAUUUACGGGACUCAGACUUUGAUCAGAUUGAUUCUCGGAGCCACGCGCUGGGCAAGAACCCUAUCAUCGACUUCCUCCAUGCAAAUUUGCUGGAGUGGCUAGAAUGCUUAAGCCUAUUCAUGGAGCUUCCUGUCGCUAUACAAACCCUCAAGCGUUUGGAAGACGUAUUCAAGAAUGAUGCUACAUCUAUUUCAUUUGUUAGGGACUCUAUUCGCUUUCUCUCCCGAACUUAUGAUACAGUGAAAUAUUAUCCAGUCCAGGUUUAUGCCUCUGCUGUUAUUUGGACUCCUGAGUCGAGCCCCGUGAGAAGAAGGAAUUUGGACCGAGCUCCAUGGCUAAGGAGUGUUGCUCCUUUAGAGGCUACAUGGGGAUCUUGGAUACUAGAAUUCGACAGAGACUUCGAAGAUCAUUUUUACAAACUGAAAGUUUCUUCACAAAGCGAGCUUGGCGCAACUGCCGCUGAUCUAGAUACAGAUGAGCAACGGAUCACUUUGUGGGACAUCAGAACGGGAGCCAUACUAAAGCGGCAUCACUGGAAAUCUGCCCAAAGGGUCAGCGAAAUGGGGUUUUCACAGAACGACGACAAGAUAGUAUGGAUUGCCGAGACAAACACUAUUUACUCAUGGGAAAUCAUGAGUCAAGACGUUCAUAAAAUACCAGUUGAACGUCCAGGAUUCGGUGAAAUCGUGGUCCUCUCAUCAACGAGCACGCGGGUCGCGUCUAUAGUCUCUGGCCAUGGAAUUCUUAUUUGGGACAUCGCAACUGGCAAAAUACAAAGCCAUGUUUUGUUAAGCCACCCAGUUAAUGACCAAGAACUCUUCUUCUCACUCGACGGCACACAGGUCACAUGCGACGUCUCCGAUCGGGAACUCUGCACAUGGGAUACUAUAACCGGCAGACUCCACAAGACACUGGAAAAGCCCCCAGGCUUUCUCCGUUGCUUAGCUUAUUCGCCGGAUGGAAUUCAUAUUGCUCAUCAUUCCCUAGAGGCCAACAUCCUCCUUUGGAAUACGCUAUCAGGUCAUGGCAAGCGGCUAGAAAGCUACAGCUACAGCGAAAACCCCCCCGUUUGGGAUGUUUUGACCGGUAGCCUUCAGCAAAGCUUUUUGAGUGAUGCUAUGGAACUGGCCUUUUCACCAAGUGGUAAGUUGAUGAUAUCUUUGACAUAUGGAGCUCAGAUUGAUCUGUGGGACGUGGAAGUACUAUCGGCGGAGCAGAUAGAUUCAGUUGAUCUGCGCGCCGAGGACGUGGCUUUUUCACACGACGGCAAAAGCAUUGUUUGUUGUACCAGCCAAGAAGAUUUCUUUACAAUUGUGGACGCCAAGACUGGUAUUACUCAGAGGAAAAUAUCAGUACCCGCGGAUAUAAACGGACACAUAAAGAUUGCAAGGUUCUUACCCGGCGAUGAGAACAUUGUAAUAGUGCUCAAUCGGAGUGUAAUGAUUUGGGAGGCGGCUACCGACACCUUUCAAUGGCAAAGAGACGACAAUGUCGACGACAUAGCCUCAUCCCCAAAUGGUGAAUAUCUUGCCGGUAUUGUCGACUCGGGUGAGAUUCGAAUAUGGAACAUUCGAACAAGAGCUCUUACGAUGACAAUAAAAGACCAGAGAUGGGAUUUUGGAGCUCUUGCCUUUUCUCCGAAUGGCAAACAAAUAGCCUCCUACGCAUAUGAUAUGGAUGGCGAUUCUAUGGCCUUGAUGAUUUGGGAUAUUUCUCGACCGUUGAGAGCUUCCAAAUUCCUCGGAAAUGCUAUCAGUAGUCACAUCCCAUACAAAAAGCCAAAGAAUAUCAAUUUAGGAUCCGAUUUUGCCUCGAACUCCCUAAAGUUUUCAGCGGAUGGCCAAUAUUUCUUGUCGGAUGAGGGUCCAAUUAUGGCGAGCAGCACUCACGCACAGACAGAAGACAAGAAAAUGCCAGGAAAUCAGCCAUCCCAUCUCCAUUUCGGAUCUGGAGAUGACUCCGGGUGGAUAUGCUGGAGGGGGCAGCCCUUCUUUCGAGUUCCGUUAUCUUUGAUGGUAUUCUUGGGCCACGAUGUGCGAGACGAAAAAAUUGUCAUUCGUUAUAGAGAACGAGGAUCUAGGUUAUUGAUCUUGGAUAUUGAUACAGCAAUUUUAUCUACUGUGUUGGAGUCGACAGGCUCAACAUAUCAAGGUGCUAGUCCCUUCCUCAAUCGAUGA